AUGCGCCUUGAUCUCACGGAUAUUGAAAGUGAAAUGGAUAACAUGAAUGUUGUAAUGUUGUUUAAAUACAUGGGAGAUGCAUAUUUUGAGUUGGAACAGUUGAAUUCGGCUUUGAGGGUAAGUUAUUUUGAUUGUUUGUUGGAUUUUAGAUAGCAUUGAACGUUUGUGGAUGAAUUUGGACUAUUUAUCAUAUGAAAACAAGUGUUAUAGUUGUCUUUUUUAGCACUACGACAUGGCAUUAGAAUAUCUACAACCCGGGAUAAAAUAUCCAAAGGUAUGGCAGCUUUUAUUUAUAUUAUUCAUGAACUGUGUUGGUCUUGGAGUAUUUUUUGAUAGAACGUUUUUUCGGAACUAGGUGGAAACUUGAAACUUUGUAUGAAUAUAACUGGUUUAAAGUGUUAACUAAGCCAUAUGAUUUUACUAUAUUUGUUUGUUUUUUGAAAUUACAGUAGGUUGUCGUACCCUAUAGUAUUUUUUUCGGCUUUUAUGCUUUGAAGGCGAAAAUUUGAAAAAAAAAUGAUAGUUAAGAAUAAAAAUAUGUGAUUUAAUUGACUUAUCGUUUAGUUUUCAGGCCUUUACAGCGAUCGAGAUCAAGUUUAUGAAGUAUAAAGUCUACUGUCGACUAAAAAAGUACAGUGCAGCUUAUGAAAUGUUGGCGGCGGUGCCAAAAGCGGAUCAUAUACCAAAAACACGACUAGCUUUGGCUAAACUACACAGUACGCGAUUGAAUUACAGCAAGAAUACGGCAAAAUCAGCGAGGGAGGUUGGUGAAAUUGUGGCCAAUUAUGAUGCGAUAGUGACAACUAGGCCAUGUGCAUAUCAUUGUAUCAGCAAAUUGUAUUUCUUUGGCUCUCCGCCAAGUGUGGAGCUGAAUUAUGAUGGACAUGAGACGACGGUGGCAUUGUUUAAGGCCAAGGCUUUGAGAUUACAGUUAGUGCCGUUGGAGGCAUUGAGGGUGUUGAGGAAUACUAAUCAGAAGAAUAUUUAGUAAGUUUACGGGAUUUAAUAGUAUUUUAGGUAUAUUCUUUGUUUAGAAGUUAAAAAAAAACUAUGUAUAAUUUUAUUUUCUUUUGAACUCUACCUUAUUUUGCGGUGUCUUACCUAUUUUUUAACUAAAAAGGUAUACCUUUUCAUUAAAAAUUAUUUUUGUUGAAAAUAUUGUUAUAACUGUGUUGGUUUUGAUUAAAAACAAUAAAAAUGAAUAAAUGCUUAAUGAUAUAAUACUUUUCAGCGUGGUGUUAGAAUCAGCCGAAUUGUACAGUAUGGUUGGUGAUUUUGUCAAAUCAAAGUUUGAAUUGGAAAGGUUGUUAACAUUGAAUCCAUAUGGACUAAUUGGAAUGGAUCUUCUUGCCCGGGUCUAUUACAAACUUGAAAAAGUAUGUUGCCUAUGAUAAUAUGAUACUAUCUGGCUUGUUUUUGAAAGUUUUUGAUUAAAAAUGACGUUUUUUCUUUAAAAAUUGAAUAUUUUACUAUUUUUGCGGCUUAAAAUACGUUUAUUUUUAAUUUUUUAAAGAUUUUACGAGGUUUUAAGCUUAAUUUUAAACAUAUUUUAGGAAAAAGAAAAGCAGCGACUAGAAACCCUUCUUCUACAUUGUCUUCACGUUGACGAAAACGCCCCUGAAACCUAUGUAACUUUCGGAUAUCUAGCCAGAGGCCGUCGAGAUGAAUCUUCUCAGAAUUUCGUUGGCAAAGCCUUAUCAGCAUACAUGUGUGGUCCAGAUCGAUGUAACGCACUGAUAUUAAAGGCCACCUUACACACGGAUAUACAACGGAAAACAUAUGCGGACGAAUGUCUGAGACAGGUCCUAACAUACGAUCCUCGGAACGUAGAAGCGAUGGAAAUGUUGGCCCGACUGGUAGUAAUGAGGGUAAGAAAAGGUGUAAGUCUUAUCCUGUCUUUUCACGUCUAUAAAGGGAGUAUAUGGAGCUAUAUCUUAAUUUUGGGCGUGUUUUUGGUGUGCUGUGAAGAGUAAUAUAAGUCUUUUAACAAAAAACGUGGUGUGUAACAAGUUAUAACAGUAAACGUCACAUUAUGGUCAAGAUACAACCAUCUUCACUUUCAGAAAUCAUCAAAUGAAGUCCGAACCCUAGGCGAGUCGAUAAAACAAAAGUUGGGUCUAGAAAACCCGAGAGCCAAGUACGUUUACGCUCAUACCUUUACGAACACCAAACCCUACAAGCCAGAAUACGAAAAUUUAUUGGAAGACGUUGUGAACAAAGCACCGUACUUGUUUGUUGCCGUACUGGACUAUGCGACGUUGUUGGAAGAGCGAGGAGACCUGCCCAAGGCGAUUAUGGUCUGCAAAAGGGGAAUACAGGUAGGAUAAGGUGUUUGCUUGAUGAAUUGGUAAUUGUGGGGGUUUGAUAGAUAAAUAGGUAAUAGUGGGGUAUUUGGUAGAUAAGUAGGUAAUAGUGGUGUUUAGUCGGAAUAUUAUGAUAGGGUUUUGGAGGUAUUUAGCUGUAAUUUCAAAGACACAUUGAGCUCUUUAGUCUAGCUUGGACUUGUUUUGAAAAAAAGUCUAAUAUUAAAGCUUAAAAUGAUGUUUUAGGUAACAUGAAUGCCACAAAUUUAUUCUAAAGUUCUAAAAAAUAAAAAAAUAGCAUAAAAACUAGAAAGGAAGCUUAAAAUGAUGUUUUAGGUAACAUUAGUGACAAAAAUUGGUCAGAAAAGUCAAAAAAAAAGUUUUUUCUAAUUUUGCAUUUUCGAAAAUUUACAAAAUGACCACUUUCAGGCCUGCCCAACUCUUGACCUACACGAAACCCUCGGCAUGCUGGAAGAAAAACUCUGUAACGAAGUAGAAACCGCAACUGUAGAAAUGAAAUACCCCACCACAAAAGUCGAACCCGAAGAACCCACAACCUCAGCCAAAAUACUAAAUCCAUCGAGGGUAUCGGCAGAACAAACAACAACAACUCCAGUAUCAACACAACCAGGCUCAGCCCAACGAACUCGACCCCCAGCCGCCCCACGACGACAACGACAAGGCAACUUCAGAUCAGUGGCGCUCGAGUUCAUUCAACAACCACUAGAGUUUCAAGAAGAGCCCGAAGCAAUGCCACAGGUCGGAGAUUUGGUGUUCGAAGCCGAGGACGCGGUUUUGGAUGCGGAAUUGGAGAGGAUUAUGGACGAAGGCAUGGACCCAGACCCGCCUCUAAUGCAAGACCUCGACCCGCAGAGUGAGGAUCAGUCAAUGUCUGAUAAUUGA